AUGGUUUGGGCAUCAGACAUCAAACACUAUAUUACUCACUCCAAGACUUUUACUCAUGAUCAUCAACCUAUUCAACCGGAGGACGCAAAUAUAACACGAUUUGGAUUGUCUUGUCAAAUUGCUAAAAGUAUAGUUCAACGUCUCAACCAGAUUACUGACAUGCAAGGCAACAGGAGUGAUGAAGAGUGGGAAAUUUAUCGAGAAACAUUGGUUGAGAAUUAUGCAGAUGAGUUGAUCCGUAAAUGUGAUAUGAUAAAAAGUGAGAAGCAGAAGGCUGAGAUGGAAGCGUUCAAAGCAAAAUUGAAAUCCUUGUAA